CAAAUCGUAUCGAUUCUGCUUAUCCAUUGAGACAUUCGUGAGGAUGGCAGACAAAGUAGAAAUACACAAGGCUCGUGAUGUCUUCCACGGGGAGCACAAGCUGGCCGACGAUGAUUAUCCAGUUAUUCAAAACGCCGUCGCCGAGACCGGAGUCGUCAAUCCCUUGACCCUCAUCUCGUCCGAUCAAAUGCUCAGAGAUGUUGAUCAGUUCGUCGACGAGUACGGCCUGUCCGAGCACAGGGACCUCUUCAAGCGGGGCGCUCUCGUCGCGAGGGAUCCCAUGUCGCGCGAAACACUGAUGGCUCUGCCUGACGACGAAAAGGAGGCUCUUGUCUACGAGACCAACCACAAAUGGGCAGGCUCUUGGGGAUUAUGGUACACCGUUUUCAUCUGUGCUACCGGAGCUGCUACCCAAGGUUGGGAUCAAACUGGAUCCAAUGGGGCGAACUUGAGUUUCCCUCAAGAAUUCGGUUUGGCUGACGACUCGGAGCGAAGUUUCUGGAUCGUCGGGUUGAUCAACUCGAUUCCUUAUCUUGCUGCCGGUCUUGUGGGCUGUUGGCUAUCUGAUCCCUUGAACCACUAUUUCGGGCGACGUGGAGAGAUUUUCAUCACCGGUGUCUUCCUUAUCGCGACUCCAAUCGGAUCGGGUUUUGCUCAAAAUUGGUACCAGCUCUUUAUCAUCCGUUUCCUCAUGGGCGUGGCGUUCGGCGCAAAGAACUCUACCGUCCCAAUCUUCUCUGCUGAAAUCGCUCCGGCGCGAGUCCGAGGUGGUUUGGUCAUGGGAUGGCAGCUGUGGGUCUGCUUCGGUAUCUUCUUGGGUUUCGCGGCGAACGUGGUAGUCAAAGAUGUUCCAAAUAUCGCAUGGCGUCUCCAGCUCGGAUCCGCUUUCAUUCCAGCCGUCCCUCUUGUUGCCGGAAUUUGGUUCUGUCCCGAGAGCCCCAAGUGGCUCAUGAAAAAGGGUAGAUACGCCGCGGCCUUCAACUCUUACAUCAGGCUACGAAAGCACCCCCUGCAGGCGGCACGUGACAUGUACUACAGUCACGUUCUCUUUAUCGAAGAAAAGGCUAUGGCUGCCGGCACAACAUAUUGGAGCCGUAACGUCGAUUGCUGGAAGAUUCCACGACUCAGGCGAGCCUCCUUGGCCGCUUGUACCGUCAUGAUUGCACAGCAGAUGUGCGGUAUCAACAUCAUCAGUUUCUACAGUUCCACCGUAUUUGUUGAGGGUGGGGCAUCUCAAGACAAUGCACUGUUCGCUAGUUUAGGAUUCGGAGCCGUCAACUUUGUCUUUGCCAUCCCUGCCGUUUGGUUAAUCGACAGCUUCGGCCGACGAUCGCUAUUGCUAUCGACUUUCCCCUUCAUGACUAUAUUCCUCCUGUGCACUGGAUUGUCCUUCUUGGCUCCGGUCGAAGGAGACGUCAGGCUGGCCUUGACGGCCACGUUCAUCUACCUCUUCACGGCUUUCUACAGUGUCGGAGAAGGUCCCGUCGCUUUUGCCUACUCGGCUGAGGUUUCUGACAACAUCCAUCGUGAAAGUGCCAUGUGUCAAGCCGUCUCGGUCAACAACACCUUUGCCGGUAUCUUGGGUUUGACCUUCCCCAAACUACUAGAUGCAUUCAGUCCCAUUGGUGCCUUCGGUUUCUAUGCCGGUAUCAAUACCCUGGCGUUGGUGUGGAUCUUCCUUUAUGUUCGAGAGACAAGGAAACUUACCCUUGAAGAGUUGGACCAGGUCUUUGCGGUCCCCGUCAAGGACUUUGUCGGGUACCAGACCGGUCACUGGACACCAAGGAUGUUCCGUCGCUACAUUAUGCGGGACCGGGCUAUCACCGUCACUCCGUUCCUGGCUCACAUGCACGAAAAGGGUCUCGCUCCCGUCGCUUGACCUGUUUAAGGCAAAUCUAUAGCCAGACGCUUCCUCUGUAAUAUAAAGGCAGGCUACUUAUCGCAAAUUAAUGAUCUUACAC